ACAUAUCGGAUGAUAUGUGUUUGAUCUAAGCAAUUGCACGUGUUGUUUGAAAAAGACAGCAAAAGCGUAAAUAAACUUUGGCUGUGUAAUUAAAUCAAUUCGCCAUGGACAACGACAACGAGGAGGUUAACAUGGAGUAUGUGGAGCCGGAGGACGCGGAGAGCGACAUGGAGCCCGAAAGCGACAAUGAGGAGGAAGCAGGCGAAGACGGUGAACCAAAAGCACCAAAGCAGGUUUACUUGCCGGGCAAAACGCUGGCAGAGGAUGAGGAGCUGGUGUGCGAUGAGAGCGCCUAUGUAAUGCUGCAUCAGGCAUCUACGGGCGCGCCUUGCCUAAGCUUUGAUGUGGUGCCCGAUGAGCUGGGCACGAGCCGUGAGAGCUUUCCCAUGACUGCUUAUAUGGUGGCGGGUACUCAAGCGGCGCGCACACAUAUUAACAAUUUGAUUGUAAUGAAGAUGAGCAAUUUGCACAAGACACAGGACGACGAUGAUGAUGAGAACGAAGACGAAGAGCUGGAGGAUGAUGAAGAUGAAGUGCCUGAUAAGUCCGAGCUGAAGAAACCACAAAUGACUUGCGCGCUCAUUAAGCAUCAAGGCUGUGUUAAUCGUGUGCGUGCUCGCCGCAUGGGCAACACCGUGUUUGCCGGCUCCUGGAGCGAACUGGGCCGCGUCAAUAUUUUUAAUCUAACACAACAGCUGCAGGCAGUGGAGGAUGCACAGCUGCUGAAGCAAUACGAACAGCAAAGCGCUACUACUGAGUCGCGUCCAGCUUAUACAUUCAGUGGUCAUCAGCAGGAAGGCUUUGCCAUUGAUUGGAGUCCAUGCGUGGAGGGCGUGCUGGCCACUGGUGAUUGUCGUCGUGACAUACACGUCUGGAGUCCUGUAGAAGGCGGCAGCUGGAAUGUAGAUCAACGUCCGUUGCAGGGACACACAGCCUCCGUGGAGGAUUUGCAGUGGAGCCCAAACGAGCGCAGCGUGCUUGCCUCCUGCUCUGUGGACAAAAGCAUACGCAUCUGGGAUGUGCGCGCGGCGCCACAAAAGGCCUGCAUGUUGACUUGCGAAAAUGCGCACGAGAGCGACAUUAAUGUAAUCUCCUGGAAUCGCAGUGAGCCAUUUAUUGCCAGCGGUGGUGAUGAUGGUUUCCUGCACAUCUGGGAUUUGCGACAGUUCAAGACACAGAAGCCCAUUGCUACAUUCAAGCAUCAUACCAAUCAUGUAACCACUGUGGAAUGGAAUCCCACAGAGGCUACAGUGCUGGCCUCGGGUGGCGAUGACGAUCAAAUAGCUUUAUGGGAUCUGGCUGUAGAGAAGGAUGCGGAUCAAGCGCAGGCGCCAGCCGAAAACGAAGAGGAGCUGAAAAAGCUGCCGCCGCAGCUGCUUUUCAUACAUCAAGGACAAAAGGAGAUUAAGGAACUGCAUUGGCAUGCACAGCUGCCUGGCGUGCUGCUCUCCACAGCGCACAGUGGCUUCAACAUCUUCCGCACCAUCAGCGUGUAAACAGAGUUGUUUUUAAUAAAUAAAUCAUAUAAUUUAUAAAAAAUGUAAAAUAAGCUUAAAUUUUAUGAUUUCA